GCAGCCAAUAAGUGCUCAGCAUAUGUGGGAACUUCUUCAAGAUGGUUGGAAAAGCACUCCAGGAGAGAGACCAGACUCUCGCUAUGACAGCAGGAAGAGUAAUUUGGGGGAACCAGACCCAGAGAUGCCCAAACCAGCGUAACAACACCACUGCUCCCACUGUGAAAAAAAUAUUUUCCGGAUCAGGGGACUUAAAAGCUCAUGAGAGGACACACACAGGAGAAAAGCCUUUCCAAUGCUCCCACUGUGAAAAGAGUUUUGUUCAGUUAGGAAGCCUGAAGGAGCAUGAGUGGAUGCACACAGGAGAAAAGCCUUAUCACUGUUCCCAGUGUGGAAUGCGUUUUACUGUGUUAACUAAUCUGAAAAGGCAUGAGAGAAUACACACAGGAGAAAAUCCGUAUCACUCUUCCCACUGUGGAAUGAGUUUUAUUCAGUUAGCGAGCCUGAAGGCGCAUGAGUGGACACACACAGAAGAAAAGCCUUUCCAGUGUUCCCAGUGUAGAAAGAUUUUUACCCUGUUGGCUAACCUGAAAAGGCAUGAGAGAAUACACACAGGAGAAAAGCCUUACCACUGCUUCCAAUGUGAAAAGAGAUUUUCCCAAUCAGGGAACCUAAAAGCUCAUGAAUGGACACACACGGGAGAAGAACCUUUCCAUUGUUCCCAGUGUAGAAAGCGUUUUACCGUGUUAGCUAACCUGAAAAGGCAUGAGAGAAUACACACAGGAGAAAAGCCUUACCACUGCUUCCAAUGUGAAAAGAGAUUUUCCCAAUCAGGGAACCUAAAAGCUCAUGAAUGGACACACACGGGAGAAGAACCUUUCCAUUGUUCCCAGUGUAGAAAGCGGUUUACCGUGUUAGCUAACCUGAAAAGGCAUGAGAGAAUACACACAGGAGAAAAGCCUUACCACUGCUUCCAAUGUGAAAAGAGAUUUUCCCAAUCAGGGAACCUAAAAGCUCAUGAAUGGACACACACGGGAGAAGAACCUUUCCAUUGUUCCCAGUGUAGAAAGCGUUUUACCGUGUUAGCUUACCUGAAAAGGCAUGAGAGAAUACACACAGGAGAAAAGCCUCAUCACUGUUCCCACUGUGGAAUGAGUUUUAUUCAGUCAAGGAGCUUGAAGGAGCAUGAGUGGACGCACACAGGAGAAAAGCCUUUCCAAUGUUCCCAGUGUAAAAAUAGAUUUUCCAGAGUAGUGGACCUAAAAGCUCAGGAGAGGAAACACCCAGCAGAAAAGCCUUUCCACUGUUCCCAUUGUAGAACGAGUUUUACAGUGUUAGCUACCCUGAAAAGGCAUGAGAGAAAACACACAGACGAAAAGCCGGGUACCGAUGACGUGGAUGUCGAUUUAAGGCAGUCGCCCGCACCUCUCCGAUUCAGAGGGGUUGGGUUAAAUGCGGAAGACAUAUUUCAGUUGAAUGCAUUCAGUUGUACAAAUGACUAGGAAUCCCCCUUUGCCUAUAGAGCUCUGCUAUAAACAUGAGAGAAAUGUUAGAUUUUAUGUUCUGCAUUAUAAUUAUCAUUAUGGCGGCCACCAAGUUAAGAAAUUAUGGUAUGUUCUGAAAACUGACUUCAGGUUUUUGAGGAAUCCAGUCUCGCAGGAAGACAGUUUUAUUUUAUGGAGGUUUAAUUUAGUUCUCUUCUUAGUAUUUAACUAAAUACUCUGUCUUUGGUAUGAGAGGGACUAGACUUAUCACUGUUCCCACUUUGGAAUGAGUUUUAUUCAGUUAGGGAGCCUGAAGGAGCAUGAGUGGACAAACACAUGAGAGAAGCCAUACCACUGCUCCCAGCGUUAAAAACUGAUUUUCACGAGUAGGAGACCUAAAAGCUCACAAGAGGACACACACAGGAGAAAAGCCUUUCCAAUACUCCCAGUGUGUAAAGAGUUUUGUCUGGUUAAGGAGCCUGAAGGAGCAUAAGAAGACACACACCAAAAAAGCUCUACCACUGCUCUCUUUCUGUGUGGAAGGACAUUUUCCCAAUCACAGAACCUGAAAUCACAUGAGAGAAUAAAGGCGCUGUGUUCUGACUUAUA